CGUACAGUUUGCAUAGGCUCAAAGCUUUGAGAUGGUUCUCUGUCCAUUCGCACAUUCGGGCGACACGGCAUGGAUCUGUCCAUUGCAUUAUGUGGUCACACGUCACUCACACAGAAGAGCCCCUGAAUUACAACUCGGGACGAAGAAACCAUCAGCUGGUAAUAGCUCAGCAGCGUCCCUUCCUCGAUCUCUACGCCCAUCCAGCCCUUGUCAAUCUAACUCUCUCUCCCGCAACACAUGACCCGCCUCUCAUCUGUCAUCACGCCUCCCUGUCGGGGAAUCAUCUCAUCUCUAUUUUUCCCCCUCCCCGCCCCUCCUGCUGCCAUCCCCCUCCCUGGACAUCUGCUGCUGCUGCUGCUGCUGCUGGUUUGGCGGCACUCCGAACGCCGGCAUGGGCGGCGGUGGGACUCCGAACGCCGGCAUGGGCGGCGGUGGGACUCCGAACGCCGGCAUGGGCGGCGGUGGCGGUGGCAACUGCGUGAGGCUGGCGACGCUCUGCCACACGCCGGGGGGGAGAGGGGGCGGGGGCGGGUACACCAUGGCGUGGGGGAGGCCGGGAUGCACCAUUGGCAUGGGGGCGGGACGGAAAGGAAAGGCAGCAGGGGCAGCAGAGGCACCGGGGGCUGUCUGCUGCCGCUGCUGCUGCUGCUGCUGAGCUGAGGCGGCGUUGGAUGUGUGGUGAAUGCGCUGCUGAUGGAUGGACGCCAGCUGGUGCGCCCAGAAUUGAGACUGCGCUUGCAGAAACAAACACUGGCACAGACCGACGCGCCACACACAGGCAGCAGCCAGACAGAGAAGUGGAUGAAGCGCCGCUAUCACAUGAUUCCACACCCUUAUUUGUCUGCCAUCCCUCCCUCACACUCUCACCAUCUGGUACGAGUGCUGCAUGGCCAGCAUGAGGUCGUUCAUCGAAUUUGGAGAGGGGCCGCCAGCCGCCACACCACGUACCUCACCGACCGCGCCGACACCCAAACCACCAGGGAAGGUUGGCGGCACUCCUGCACAGCCAAACAAAAAUCAUAAUGUAAGAGUAGACCGACAUUCGCCCCUGUGUAGCCUCUGUGUACCUGGUGCGGCAGUGAACCCGAGCGGUGCUGCGGUGCCUCGUCCCUCCUCAAACACUCUAGGCACGGGCACCCAGCCGGCCGCAGACGAUGAUGCACCGGAAGCAGCCGCAGCAGCUGCCGGUGCCGGGGCCGGCACCUCACUGUCAGCCACACACAGAGACAGACGCCAUCCAUCCAUCCAUCCAUCCAUGUGUCACGCCUUACCCUCCCCGUCUUUGCCUUCCUUGUCUUUGCUGACCUGUCGUCCUUGACCAUGCCGGUGCCCAUGUCGAACCCGCCCAUCCUCCUGGCCGCAGCAGCCAGCGCCGCCCGCCGUCGACGCAGCUCAGAAUCGCCAGACUCUUCCUGAGCGGCUGGCAGGGGCGACACAGAAGGCUCGGACAAAUCCCUAGCAGCGCGGGGCGGCGUCGCAACAGCAGCUGCCACCGAUCCGGGGCGGGCAGGCGAGGGCGUCGCGAACUCGCGGGCGGCGCCCUGACAGACAUCAAACACGUACACACACAAGGAAUGGGUCUUGCGUCUCCGGUUGUCUGUCCACUUAUGAAGGCCUACUGGUGUCUCUCUGGGAGGCGUUCUUUCCAGCAGUGGUGGCUGGGCGGCUGGUGCAGCAUUGUCUGGUCGUGCAGCGGCCCGUUCCGGGCGUGGGGGCUGUCUGGGUGUGUCGGUGUCUGCGUCGGCUGAGGUGGUGGGGGCGUGCAGGGGGAUGUCGGCCCGACACGUUGGGCAGGACUGCUGCUGCACCAGCCACGACCUGCAUGGCAAUCGACACACAGGCACACGUGUCUGGGUCGGUCUGUCUGUCUGUCUGUGUUGGUGCCGACUUGAGGCAUUCGAUGUGGAAGACGUGACCGCAUGGCAGCUUCUUGUCGCCCUCGUAGAGUGAAUCCCGGCAUAUGAUGCACGUGUCGGCCGCCUCAAUCUCCUCUGCCGUGGCGUCCGGGAACCUGAGACCACACACACACACACACACACCCCACACAGAGGGACAUGACCUGUGAGCUGCUGGCGAUGCGAUGUGCGUGUGUGCGUGGUGCGGUAAGGUAACCCCCCUCCCGAACAGCACACCGAUUCGCCCCCCCCACCACCACACACACACACACACACCUGCUUUCCAUGUUGGCUGUGAGUUGUCUGUAUCGCCUGAAUGACUUGAGCCGCUGGGCAAGGGUGCGGGCCACCCCGAUGAUGUCAGCCGUCAUGUAAAGGGGCAGACGGGCCGGGUUCUGCAGGAAGAACACCAGCAUGAACACCUGCAGCGCAGUGCAGCCAUCGAUGGAUGAAAUGGAGCACACAAAACACACAACACAGAUCAGAUCAGCCGGCCGUUUCUCCUUUUCUUUGUUUGGCAGCCGGCCGGCCAACCGACCGACCAGGAAGAUGCUCAUGCUGACGACGUCGCCGAGGAGGUCCAUGUAGAACAGGUUGGCAGACUUGGCUGUCCAACCUGCGCACACACCACACCCAUGCCCAUGUGUUGGCGAUGCAUGUGUCGGCUGUCUGCCCGCCGGUAGGGUAGCACUACCGUUGUCUAGCCGAAGGUCGAUGAGGUGGAUGAUGUACUUGCCGAUGCACAAGCCGCACGACGCGCACAUAGCCAGCGUCUGGACGAAACGACGCACCAACCAACCGCACAGAGAGAGGAAGUCCUAUGAAUGAUGGUGCGUGUGUGUGUGUGGGGUGGGGUUGGGGGGGGGGGGGGGGGGGGGGGGUGGCCACCUCGAACAGCAGCCAGGUGUAGAAGGUGGACGUAUUGGACACUCGCGCAUAGAAGAAUGACAGGAGUGACGCAUCCUGUGGUGCGCACCAGACAAAACAGCACGACAGACAGACACGUGUUCACGUGUUGUGACGCGCAUUGGCCUCCCUCCCUCCCUCCGCCCUGCCUUCGCCAUACGCACCACGAGCAACAGAGAGAAGAGAAACGCGCAGAUGCGCAGCAGCACGCCCACACGCGGGACGCCAAUCUCAAACAUGUGGGCGAUCCUUAUCGAUGAGAUGAGGUGGAAGACCUUGAGCGCCACGAUGAUGCACAUGAACUGGAUGAGGUAGGCCGAGGCCACCUCCUUGCCGUCGAUAGUGGGGGAGGCGAACACCAGGAAGAGGAUCAUGUCCAGGAGGAAGCCGCGGCCCUGGUCUAUCAGCUGCUCCAUCUCAAGAUCUCUCAGCUGCCCGAUGAAGAACCUCAGCAGCACCUUCGACGUCGCCACAAACAAAAAGAACGCGAAAUUGUACAUGACCUUCGCACACACACACACACACGUCGGUCACAUGUGCUCGCUCGUCUGCUGGUUGUUGGUGUUGCUUCCUUCUUUCUGUUUUACCCCGAGGCUGAUUUUGUCGGUGGAAAGGUAGACGACGGCCGGGUAGAACUCCUCGUAUGUGAUGUAGGCGUGCGUCAUGACGCCCACCACACCCACCACAGACAGCAGACUGUACAAACCCAGCUCCACCCUCAUCGCCGCCGGCUAUCGUUCUCACGCCUCCACGGCAGCAACUCUUUUC